AUGCCACAAAGUGUCCACAAGAUACUAAUUCAUGGAGGAAUCCUGGUGAACACAUCAGUACUCGCUAUUGGGCAAAUGUCGGAAGAGGCCCAAGAAGCGCGCAAUAAAGAUGCAAAGAACAUCAGAGAAUAUCAUUCAAGAAAAUUUACCAGAGAGCAAACCAUGGAGGACAUGAUCCACAUGCUCCUGAUCACUUCUGAUCCAUUUAUUACAAGUUUAAGAAAACCAAGUAAAAGAAAGCGUAACAAUUUACCAGAAGAUGUAAUUAAAAUGCUCAAAACACCACCAUCAAUAUAUUCUCAGACCAACCAGGAGUCUAGUGAUAAUAGUGAAUAA